AUGAAUCUAACGGCUGCAAACCACCGCAUACCUCUGAGCGAUGGGAACAGCAUCCCCGUGAUUGGCCUUGGCACCUAUGCUGACCCCAGAAAAACUCCCAAAGGUACCUGUGCCGAAUCAGUGAAGAUUGCCAUUGAUGCUGGUUACCGCCAUUUCGAUGGGGCUUUUGUGUACUACAAUGAGCAUGAAGUGGGACAGGCCAUCUGGGAGAAGAUUGCAGAAGGAAAAGUAAAACGAGAAGAAAUCUUCUAUUGUGGCAAAUUGUGGAAUACAUGUCACCCCCCGGAGCUGGUGCGUCCAACUUUAGAGAAGACACUCAAGAUUCUGCAGCUGGAUUAUGUUGAUCUCUAUAUUAUUGAGCUGCCAAUGGCAUUCAAGCCUGGAGAUGCAAUCUACCCUAGAGAUGAAAAUGGAAAAUAUAUCUACCAUGAGACAAACUUAUGUGCCACUUGGGAGGCUUUGGAAGCAUGUAAAGAUGCUGGCUUGGCAAAAUCUAUUGGCGUGUCCAACUUCAACCGCAGGCAGCUGGAAAUGAUUCUGAACAAGCCAGGGCUCAAGCACAAACCUGUGAGCAAUCAGGUUGAAUGCCACCCAUAUUUCACCCAGCCCAAACUCUUAGAAUUCUGUAGACAACAUGACAUUGUCAUUGUUGGGUACAGUCCACUAGGAACCUCAAGGGAUGAAACGUGGGUAAAUGUGUCUUCCCCUCCUUUACUGAAGGACCCUGUGCUGAAUGCCAUUGGGGAAAAAUACAACAAGACGGCAGCACAGGUUGCUCUGCGUUUCAGCAUCCAACGAGGGGUGGUGGUCAUUCCCAAAAGCUUCCAUCCACAGCGGAUCAAAGAAAACUUCCAGAUUUUUGACUUCUCACUCACUGAUAAAGAAAUGAAGGACAUUGAAGCCCUGAAUAAAAACACACGUUAUGUGGAGUUGCUGAUGUGGCGUGACCAUCCGGAGUAUCCCUUCAAUGAUGAAUAUUGAAAAUAAACCAUUGUGGCGUCUAUUCAACUCAGUAUUGUGGGGCUGGGUCCAAACACACCUAGUUC